AUGGAACUGACAGUCUCGUUAGACUCCUAUACGAAGGGUACCAGAGCGUGGUUUCCAGAUAAAGAUGAAGGUUGGCUUAGUGCCGAGUUACAAGAAAAGGACAUCUCGGCCAAUGGAUCGAUCAAACUACUGUUCAUAGACGACAACGGUAAAGAAAGACAAGUCACAACAACCACCGACCAGGUCCAAAAAACAAGAGGUGCAGAUCUGCCACCUCUGAGGAACCCUCCACUUCUCGAAGCAACCGAAGAUUUGACAAACUUGUCCUACCUAAAUGAACCGGCGGUUCUGCAUACUAUCCGGACACGUUACACGACGGCCCGUCAGAUUUAUACCUAUUCUGGAAUCGUACUCGUUGCCGUCAAUCCGUUUAUUGCUGUCCCGCUCUAUUCAUCCGAUAUCGUUCAAGCAUAUGCUGGAAGGAAGAAAGGAGAAUUGGAGCCACAUCUUUUCGCUAUCGCUGAGGAUGCGUAUCGAUGUAUGAUUCGUGAUCGACGCGACCAAACUGUUAUUGUCUCCGGCGAGUCCGGUGCGGGGAAAACGGUUUCAGCAAAAUAUAUUAUGAGAUAUUUUGCCACGGUCGAUGAUCCCGAUCGGCCUGGGAAAAAGAAGGGUGCAGAGGGAUCGGGUAUGACAGAGGUUGAAGAACAAAUUCUAGCCACAAAUCCAAUCAUGGAAGCUUUCGGGAAUGCCAAGACCACUCGAAAUGACAACUCGUCCCGAUUCGGAAAGUACAUCGAAAUCCUUUUUGACAACGAGCAAAAUAUUGUGGGAGCAAAGAUUCGAACGUAUCUGCUGGAGCGAUCACGUCUAGUUUACCAGCCUGAAACCGAACGAAACUACCACAUCUUUUAUCAGCUGAUUGCUGGCACACCACAAGCGGAGCGAAAACAGCUUGGUCUAGACUCGAUCAGCAAGUUCCAUUAUCUUAACCAGGGUGGACCGAGUGCGGAAAAGAUUGCUAGUGUCGAUGAUAAGAAAGAAUUCGGAUUGACUCAAGAAGCCCUCAGUACAGUCGGUAUUGGGAUGACGCAGCAAUGGGCCAUCUUCAAGCUAUUGGCCGCCUUGCUUCAUCUUGGAAACAUCGAAAUCAAUGCUGCCCGGACAGAUGCCUCGCUGAACGACGAUGAUCCCAGUCUGGUUCUAGCAUGUAAUUUGCUUGAGAUCGAACUUGGCGAAUUCAAAAAAUGGACCAUCAAAAAGCAAAUCAUCACUCGGUCCGAAAAGAUCGUCACCUCCUUGAGCGCCGCCGCUGCGAUCAGUGUACGAGAUUCCGUGGCAAAAUACAUCUACAGCAGUCUCUUCGAAUGGCUUGUCUCUGUCGUUAAUGGAAGUUUGUACAACACCGAUCUCGAUGAUAAGGUGGCCAGUUUUAUCGGUGUGCUCGAUAUUUACGGAUUCGAAUUCUUCAAGACCAAUUCCUUCGAACAAUUCUGCAUUAAUUACACCAAUGAGAAAUUGCAAGCCGAAUUCAACGCGCACGUGUUUAAGCUAGAGCAGGAAGAAUACAUCAGCGAGAAGAUUGACUGGAAGUUUAUCGAGUUCUCUGACAAUCAACCUACCAUUGACUUGAUUGAAGGCAAGCUCGGUAUUUUAUCUCUGCUAGACGAGGAAUCCAGGCUACCAUCCGGAUCAGAUUCGACUUUUGUCCAAAAACUCUACACCCAACUCUCCAAGCCAGAACACGCCAAAGUGUUCAAAAAGCCAAAGUUCGGCACAUCCGCUUUUACGAUCGCCCAUUAUGCGCUUGAUGUGACUUACGAGGGAGAGGGAUUCUUGGAAAAGAAUAAGGAUUCUGUCCCAGAUGAACACUUGACGCUCCUAUUUGCAACCCACAAUUCGUUCUUGAAGGAUAUACUCGAAAAAGCUCAGGAGAUCCGUAACACUCCCAAUGGCCAAGCUACGAUCGUCAACAGGUCAACCAUGGCUGCUUCGGACACCGCCACCUCGCCGAUGUCGCCCACGGCUUCGAGCAAACGCACGAGUCUUUUUGAUGGGCCAGCAUCGUCGAUCGUCUCAAAGCGCACUAGUGUUGCAACUGCCAUCAGCGGUGGCGCUUCCCCUCGCGCUUCAGGUCCUGUCAAGCGUGUAAUGGGUGGUGCGGCUGGCCCUGGUGGAGCAACUAAGAAGCCGACGCUGGGUUCGAUUUUCAAACAAUCACUCAUCGCACUAAUGGAAACAAUUGAUUCCACAAACGCCCAUUAUAUUCGUUGCAUCAAGCCCAAUGAGGCCAAGAGGGCUUGGGAAUUUGAUCCUCCGAUGGUCUUAGGUCAACUUCGUGCUUGCGGUGUGUUGGAAACCAUCAAAAUCAGUGCGGCUGGAUAUCCGACACGCUGGACAUUUGUCGACUUUGCUGAACGGUACUACAUGCUGAUAAAAUCAGAUCAGUGGAAGAAUGAUGUCAAGGAUGUCUGUCUGAGCAUUCUGAAGAGCACGAUCAAAGAAGAGAAUAAGUAUCAAUUAGGUUUGACUAAGUUAUUCUUCCGAGCGGGGAUGUUGGCAUACUUGGAACAAGUCCGAGGUGAUAGGAUCAAUUUCUUAGUCACUCUGAUGCAAAAGAACUUCUUGAGAGCAUUUCAUCAAACCAGAUACCGUCGAAUAAGGACGACCAUCUUAGGCAUUCAAUGUCUUGUUCGAAGGAAGAUUGCUGUUCAAAAGAAGGAGCGUGCCCGAGAAGAAAGGGCGGCGCUGAUGAUCCAGAAGGUCAUUCGAGCGUUUUUGGGCAGACAAAACUUCUUGAGGACUCGGAGUUUCGUUGUCCAAUUACAGAGCCGCAUACGUGGUGGCAAGAUUCGGUCGACUUUCGGUCAUCAAAAGACUUUUGUUUCCGCCUCCAGACUUCAGGCGUUAUUCCGGACCAUCCUGUGUAAACGGAAGUAUAAGGUUGAGAUCAGAAAAGUGGUAUUAAUCCAAUCUCUCCAACGGAAACGAAUGGCCCGACGGGAACUUUUAGCUUUGAAACAAGAGGCUAAAUCAGUUGUUCAUUUCAAAGAAGUCUCAUACAAGCUGGAAAACAAGGUGGUCGAGCUCACUCAAACCUUACAAAAACGCACUCAAGAGAACAAGUCCUUGCAAUCCAAAUUGAACGAGCUGCAAACCCAAUUGGAGAGCUGGAUGUCCAAAUAUGACGAAAUUGAUCGUCAAACCAAGGACUUGAAGACCCAGGUCGAUAAACCUACUGUCGAUCUACCCGAGUUCGAAGCGCUGGGCGAGGAGAAGAAGAAGGCUGAAUCCCAGUUGGCCGAAUCUUUGCGAAAGAUUGCUGAGCAAGACAAGCAUAUCACCAAGCUUACAAUAGAAUUCGAGAAGCAAUCGAAGGAAAUGGAGGAACGGCAGAAGCUCUUAGAUAGUAUGACUGUCAACGGCAGUGGCAACGAUGCAGCCACAGUGUCUGGAAUGAGACAGGAGUUGCUGAGUUUGCGGGAACAGCUCAGUCGGGCAUUGAACACUCAGAAGGCGAUUCCUCGAAGUGAUACCGCUUUCCACAUGUCGACUGGCCAGGGUCACCAAGCCAACAACCAUUCGGGUGGUCCGGCCCCACUCAACAUGAGCAUCACUGGAUCGCCUUCUUCACUGAGCCAGGCAAAGAGGAAACUCCGACGACACAGCGCUGAUGAUUUGGGACCAGAGGUCCUACCGGUGGUACCCACAACUUCGAGCGGACUGGCAAUCCCCGCCAACCGAUUCGACAAUCCUCGAGCGGUUUCGGUCGCGUAUGCUCAAACGCUCAACGUCCACCCCGAAGAUCAAUUGGAGGAUCCGUCGGAGAUCGUCAUGCGACUGUUGGAAGAUGAAGAGCCAUUGGACGAGGACGUCUUGGUCGGUCUAAUCAAGACUUUGAAAAUCCCGAUUCCUUCAAUACAAAACCCGCCUAGCGCCAAAGAAGUAUUGUUUCCAGCUCAUCUCAUCAGCUUGGUGACCAACGAAAUGUGGAAGUACGGCCUGAUGAGAGAAAGUGAACGUUUCUUGGCCAACGUCAUGCAGACCAUCCAGCAACACGUUAUGGGUUUCCAAGGAGAAGAAGCAAUCGUGCCGGGUAUCUUCUGGUUGUCGAAUGUACAUGAAGUCUUAUCGUUUGUGUGUAUAGCAGAAAGUGAUAUUCUACAAGGCAUUGGACCGGGAGUGGAUGGAGCUGGACGAGACUUCGACUGGGAUGACUACGAAAGACUGGUGACGAUCGUCAAACAUGAUCUAGAUUCAUUGGAAUACAACAUCUAUCACACAUGGAUGCAAGAGACGAAGAAGAAACUGCACAAGAUGGUUGUCCCCGCCUUGAUCGAAUCUCAAUCGCUGCCCGGAUUUGUGACGAACGAUAGCGGCGGGAGAUUGUUCAACAGGUUAUUGUCGGGUAACAAUCAACCCGCUUAUAACAUGGAGGAUAUCUUGAACCUCUUGAAUAAAGUUUGGAAAUCGUUGAAGUCCUAUUACGUUGAGCAAUCCGUCAUCCAACAAGUGGUUACCGAAUUGCUCAAGUUGAUCGGCGUAACUUCUUUCAACGAUCUCCUGAUGAGAAGGAACUUUUGCUCUUGGAAGCGAGCCAUGCAAAUUCAAUACAACAUUACCCGAUUGGAGGAAUGGUGCAAAUCACGCGAGAUGCCUGAAGGUACCUUACAGUUAGAACAUCUCAUGCAGGCAACGAAGUUGUUGCAAUUGAAGAAAGCAACGAUUUCGGAUAUUGAUACUUGCUAUGACGUCUGCUGGAUGUUGACUCCCUCGCAGAUCCAGAAGUUAAUAUUGCAGUAUCAUGUGGCUGAUUAUGAGAAUCCGAUCGCGCCUGAGAUAUUGAAGGCUGUCGCCUCAAGAGUGAUGCCGAAUGACAAGAACGACCAUCUGAUGUUACCACCUGAAGUCGAAGAAGCAGGCCCGUACGAGGUGCCUUUGCCGCGCGAAGUCAUGUCCCUUGAUACGUAUUGUCCUGCUUGGUUGAAUGUACCCCACAUACGCCGAUUGACCUCGGUCGUCACUUGA